GUGCUACACACAGCCAAGCACACAAGCAUAGCGAAGAUGUCACGGCGAGUUAAUCCCAGCAAUGGCCUGGCAUUGACAUUGGUGGCGACGCUAGCGUUAUGGAGUAGCGAGACCUAUGCUUUCGGAGUGGGCAUGGGCGCAAAAAGCACGACGACGACCAUGGGCAUGGGCAACAGCUUUGGGCGCCUGUUCCGCAUCAGCACCUGGGGAGAAAGCCACGGGGGAGGGGUGGGAGUCAACCUAGACGGGUGCCCACCGAAGAUACCGCUUACUGCGCAAGACAUUCAAGUCGAGCUGGACCGACGGAAGCCGGGACAGUCGCGCAUCACCACCCCAAGAAACGAGGACGACCAAGUGGAGAUCCUCUCUGGCCUCUCUCCUGAAGGCUUGACCUUGGGGACGCCCAUCGCGAUGCUUGUUCGUAACAAGGACCAGCGCAGCCAGGACUACGACACCAUGUCGAUGGCGUACCGCCCCUCUCACGCGGACGCAACGUACGACGCGAAGUACGGCAUCAGGGCAGUGGCAGGGGGCGGCAGAUCUUCCGCACGCGAGACCAUCGGCAGGGUCGCGGCGGCGGCGGUGGCACGGAAGUUGCUGAGCCUGUACUCCGGGUGCGAGGUGCUGGGUUACGUCAAGGCUGUGCAAGACGUGGGCACCGAAGAUGUGGACUUGGAGACGUUCACGCGAGAGCAGGUGGAGGCGAACAUCGUGCGUUGCCCUGACGAAGAAGCCGCUGAACGCAUGAUCGAACGCAUCGACAAGAUCAGAAGGACGGGAGACUCCAUCGGGGGAGUCGUGGAGUGCGUGGCGAGAAAUGUGCCCUCCGGCCUUGGGUCGCCAGUUUUCGAUAAGCUUGAGGCGGAGUUGGCGAAGGCAUGCAUGUCACUCCCCGCCAGCAAAGGUUUCGAGAUCGGAUCGGGCUUCGCUGGCACCCUCCUGUCGGGGAAGACCCACAACGAUGAGUUUUACGUGGACGAGGAAGGGCAAACGCGCACGCGCACAAACCGCAGCGGGGGAGUUCAGGGGGGCAUCAGCAACGGGGAGACGAUCGUGGUUAGAGUGGCAUUCAAGCCGACGUCCACCAUCGGGCAGCUUCAAAAUACGGUCACGAGGGGGGGAGAGGAGACGACCAUGAGGGGUAAGGGUCGCCAUGACCCCUGCGUUCUUCCUCGGGCAGCUCCCAUGGUCGAGGCGAUGGUUGCCUUAGUCCUCGCGGACGUCUUGAUGCAGCAGAAGGCGCAGUGCGAGCUGUUCCCAGCUGACGCGUUGGAGACUCUGGAGACGAACCCCUUGGGGAAGAAAUUGUCGGGGGCGGGGGUAUCUGCUGCUUCGGUGAACACACCAUGA